CCGGCCGAUUUCCCAGAAGGUUCUCAGCAGAGGGAGGGGGCCCUGAGCCCAGGACAGCAACAGGCAGUGCCCACCGCCAGGGCCCCUAUGGGAGACGCAUCUGCAGCAACACAGGGAGUCCGGUGGAGAAGCGGAGGGGGCCGCGGGGGGCCACAGGGAGAAGAGCGGUGAGCAGCUGAGAAGCAACAGAGACAUGGACGCCGAGAGAGAGGCCCUGCACAGUAGCGCCUGCCCUGAGGUGCAGACCUUCUGCCAGAAGCACGGGCUGAUGUUUGAGGUGGUGGACUUGCACUGGGGCGUCCGGAGCAGCGAGGCUUCUGCACACAUGAGCCCUGAGUUGUGUCUGGAGGAGCUCGAGCGCUGCCAGAGGACAUCGCUGGGCCCAGCGUUUGUGGCGCUGCUGGGGAACCAGUAUGGGCCCUGCCCGCUGCCCACUCUCAUUGAGGAGAAGGAGUGGGAGGUGCUGAGAGCCCAGUUGACCAGCAGGCCCGGCGACCUGGAGCUGGUGUGUCGGCGCUUCCGUAAGGACGAGAACGCAGUGCCGCCAGCCUUCCUGCUGCAGACGCCUGGCGCGUCUGAGGCCCGCAGCCCCGAGGAGCCCAGCGUGGGCUCCGUGCUGCGCACAGCGGCCCAGGACGCCCUCCGGCUGGGCCUCCUGUCCCAGGAGCAGUGCAGCCGCUACCACCGCUCAGUCAUGGCAUGGGAAAUGGAGCGCGGCGUGCUGGGCCCCGCGGGCGAGCAAGGCGCCACCGUUUUCCUGCGGGAGGUCCAGGACCUGCAGCGCCACAUCCUGGACGACUGUGCCCUGUGGCUGGUGGACCGGCUGGCGGACGGCUGCCUGGACACAGAUGCACAGCGCCUGCUGGGCGACCUCAAGGGCAGGCUGACCGACACGCGCCCCGAGGCCCUCAAGGCCCACCAGCUGCCCUGGAGCCGCGACCUGGUGAACCCGAAGAACAAGGCCCACGGGCGCUACCUGAAGGAGCUGGGGGAGCAGUUUGUGGCCAGGGCCAACCACCAGGUGCUGGAGAGGCUGCGGGAGCAGGAGGCGGCGGCCAGGCCUGAGCCCUCGUGGCUUUUCACCGAGAUCCGCCACCACCUGGCCCUGGGCGCCCAGGCCACCCGCGUCUUCUGCGGCCGCCAGGACCUACUGGCGCUGCUGGGCCAGUGGCUGCGGCAGAACCACGACGGCCCGCACCCGCCGCUGCUGCUCUGGGGGCCCCCGGGCGUGGGCAAGACGGCGCUGCUGUGCCGCCUGGCCGAGCAGAUGCCCGCGCUGCUGGGCCGGAAGACGGUGACGGUGCUGCGGCUGCUGGGCGCCAGCGGGAUGAGCACGGACGCCGGCGGGCUGCUGCGCGGGCUCUGCUGCCAGGUGUGUCUGGCCUACGGGCUCCCGCCGCCGCCCGGCCAGGUGCUGGCGGCCCGCGCGCGCCUCGUGCCCUUCUUCCACACGCUCCUGCACACCGUGUCCAGCCGCCACUUCGAGUCCCUCGUCAUCCUGCUGGACUCGCUGGAUGACGUGGACGGCGGGCGCUGGGGCCGGCGGGUGCUCUGGCUGCCCACUCAGUGCCCCCCGCGCGUCCACCUCAUCCUCUCGGCCUGCUCCGGGCCGCGGGGGGCUCUGGAUGCCGCGCGCCGCGCGCUCCCGACGGCUGCCGAGUGGGAGGUGCCGCCGCUGCCCGCGGGCCAGGCGCAGGAGCUGGUGCAGCGGCUGCUGGCGGCUGCUCGGCGCUCACUGAGCCCCGGGCAGCGAGACCUACUGUGGGCCAGCCUGCCCGAAUGCGGCCACCCCGGGCGGCUGCAGCUGGCCUUCGAGGAGGCACGCCGGUGGGCCUCGUUCACCGUGCCCGCACCCCUGGCUGCCACAGCCGAGGAGGCCACACACCAGCUGUGUGCGCGCCUGGAACAGACCCAUGGACGGCUGCUGGUGGCCAGUGUGCUGGGCUACCUCGCAGCUUCCCGGCACGGGCUGUCUGAGGCGGAACUGAAGGACAUCUUGUCCCUGGAUGAUGAGGUGCUGCAGGCCGUGUACCGGGACUGGACACCACCCAGCCGGGAGCUGCUGCGCUUCCCCCCGCUGCUGUGGGUGAGGCUGCGGCGGGACCUGGGCCACUGCCUGGCACAGCGGCCCGUGGAUGGCUUCACGCUCCUGGGCAUCGCCCAGAGGCAGUUGGCUGAGGUGGUCCAAGCACGCUACCUGUCGGGACCCGAGGCCGCCAAGAGGCAUGGGGUACUGGCCGACUUCUUCUCGGGAGCGUGGAGUCAGGGCACCAAGAAGCUCAUCACGCUGCCGCUGGUGGGGAAGCCCCUCAACCUGGACCGCAAGGUGGCCGCGCAACCGCUGUGGUUCUCGGACUCGGUGGCCAACGUGCGGAAGUUGCAGGAGCUGCCGCUGCACCUGCUGCGUGCCGGCCGCGUCCAGGAGCUGAAGCAGGAGGUUCUGGGCAGCAUGAACUGGAUUUCCUGCAGGGGCGUCUCUGGGGGGCUGGAGGCCCUGCUGGAUGACUUUGCCUUGUGCGGCCCCCACGUGGACUGCGCUGAGGUGGACCUGGUGCGUGAGGCCCUCCAGCUGUGCCGCCCUGCCGUGGAGCUGCGCGGCUUGGACAAGUGUCUCCUGUACACGGAGCUCCUGGCCCGGCUGCUCUACUUCUCAGCCAGUCACCCCGCACUGGUGGGGCCACUGUGCCAGCAGGCUCAGAGCUGGUUCCGGCAAUGUCCACACCCCGUGCUGGUGCCCCUUGCCGGCUUCCUCCAGCCCCCUGGAGGACCCCUGCUGGCCAUUCUCACUGGCUGUCAUAAGGGCAUCAGCGCCAUCGCGUGGAGUCUAGAGAAGCAGCUGCUGCUGGUGGGCACCCAGGAUGGCACGGUAGCCGUGUGGGACACGGAGGAGUGGCAGACAGUCCACGUCCUAACUGGACACACAGGCGAGGUGAAAGGCUUGGAGGUGCUGGCCCAGGGCACGCUCGUCAUCUCCGCAUCCAGGGACCACACGCUCCGCCUCUGGGACCUGCAGGCGGGGCAGGAGAAGUUCACCAUCUGGGACGGAGGCUCCCAGGAGCCCUCUGAGCCGCAGUCCUGGAGCCUGCAUGUGGACGGGCCUGGGAAGGUGCUGUACUCAGUGUCCAGCUACAAGGUCAAUGCCUGGCACCUGGAGACGGCUGAGCUGGUCUUCCGCAUUCUGGGGGAUGCUGGGGACCCCUGGAUGUGCGCGGCCAUCCUGCCCGCCCAGGCCGUGCUGCUGACCGUGUCUGCGGGCUGCAUGGUCAGCCUGUGGAGCUCGGUCACUGGGAAGCGGCAGGGCAAGCGGCCAAUGACCAGCAUCACGGACGAGGUGCCCACAUGUGGGGUUCCAGUGCAGAAACGGGGGACAAUGGUCGUCGGGUUCAGCCAAGGUGCCCUGUGCCUGGUCUCCUCUGAGGAGGACAGGCUGCUGGACACGCUCUCAGCAGCAGUGGGGCUCCUGGUGGCUUCUGAGGAUGACUCCCUUCUCGCUGCAGGGUUUGGAAAGUCUGUGCGUGUCUUCCUGGCGGACUCCCAGGGCUUCCACCGGUUCAUGGCCAGUGACCUGGAGCACGAGGACACGGUCAGCGCAGCUGCCUUUGGGCUCCAGAACAACCUGCUGGUCACGGGGUCCCAGGACACACUCAUUCAGGUGUGGAGCCUGUCCGAGCAGGGUGCUCUGCUGGCGGUACUGGAGGGUGUCGGGGCCCCCGUGAGCCUGCUGGCCGCAGGCGGGACACUGGUGGCCUCCGCGUCACAGCAGUCCUCAUCCCUGAAAGUGUGGGACCUCAGCCGCACACAGCAGCAGGGGCCCUGCGUGCCAUUCCCGGACAGGACAGGGCUUACGGCCGUGUCCCACAACGGGGCCUUCGUCUAUUUCCCCAAAAUCGGGGACAGGAACAAGGUGUCCAUCUGGGACCUGGCGGAAGGCCAGGAGCAGGACGCCGUGGACACGUCCAACGAGGUGUGCUGCCUGGAAGUGGCAGAGCAGGCGCAGCUGCUGCUGGCGGGGCUGGUGUCGGGCGUGGUGCUGGUGUUCCCGCUGCGCUCACGCCAGGACGUGUUGUGCAUCCCCCCGCCCGAGGCCCGGCGCGCCGUGCGCUGCGUGGCCCUGAGCAAGGACGAGCGGCGCCUGGCCGUCGCCUACGACCACACGGUCCUGGUGCUGGACGUGAGUCCGGGCGAGCCCUGCCCGGUCAUUGACGGCCCCAUCUACACCUUCUACACGCAGCUGCCCGAGACGCUGGCCCGCGCGGCCGUCUUGGCAGACUGCCGCGUGCUCUAUGGCAUGAGUGACGGCAGCCUGUACGUGUACGAGUGCGCGGGCGCCAGGGUGUCCCAACUCGAGGCGCACGCCGGCCGUGUCACCUGCCUGGAGGUCAGCCACCGGGAGCAGCUGGCGGUCAGCGGGUCGGAGGAGUCGCGGCUGUGUCUGUGGGACCUGCAGGCCUGCAAGUGGAAGCUGGAGCUCAGUUACACGAGCUCCUUCUGCAGGGGCGUGCAGUGCGCCUGCUUCUCCCGGGAUGACAAGCACGUGUUCGCCGGCCUCAAGGACCGCUCGGUGAUCGUCUGGAGCGUGCAGGACGGCACCCUGCUGGCCGUGCAGUUCGUCCAUGCGGUGGUGAACCGCAUUAUCCCCACUUCCAACGGCUUUGUGGCACCCACCCGCCACGGCCACCUCAUCCGCCAGCGCUUCCAGUGCCCUGCGGCCCGUGUCUCGCAGCAGGACCCGCUCAAGAACUUCAAGAAGGCCGUGUGGAUGGUCAAGUGCAGGCAGCGGGAGGAGCUGGCCGCCGGCGAGGAGGCCCCACAGGACGCGGAGGGCCUCCGGGAGGAUGAAGCCAAGUGCCACCGCCGCUCACAGGUGUGCCUGCUGCUGUGA